AUGAGUGUUCCACCUUUGCCUCCUAAUGAGGGUGUGGUGGAAGUCUGGAUGCCUGCAUUGGCACCUUUAGAUGAUGAUGAGGAUGAUCUCUAUAUGACACCUCCACCUGAGACUGUACAUAAUGAGAAUGCCAAUAAUAGUGAAGAUGAGGAUGAUCUGUAUAUGACUCCUCCACCUGAGAAUCUCAAUGGACAUGUUGAGAACCAAGAGGCUAUUGAAGAGGCUGCCCAUGUGGAUGUGACUAUGAUAAGAACACCUCCUAGGACUCCUGAGCAUGAGAUCCAGACUGUGCAAGAACAAGAGCAUGCUGAAAGGCUUCAGAUGACUUCUCCUACUCUUCAGCGCAAGCGUUCUGCAUUACGAGGCUCUAUUCGUCAGCCUAUCUUUGAGGAUCUCUCUAGACCUUCCCAUUCUGCUACUUCUAAUCCUGCUCAGCCUCCUAUUUUUCUUGCACCACCCAUUCAGCUUUAUUAG